AUGUUUGAACGAAAUUGUAGUAGUGCCACCAAUCUUGUCUUCCACAUCAACAUCGACCUACACACCACAUGUGCCAAAAAAAAACUUUUACCAUCAACAAACACGGCAUUAUUAUCAUUAGCUACUAAGAAGAGUGCUUCCUCUUCACAAUCAUCCUCUGAUGAACGUUCUCCAUCUCCACCAUUAAAGAAGCAGAAGAACAAAAAUAAUAAACUGAUUAAGAAACAAAAGCAACAACACGUGUUGAAAACAACAACUGAACAAGCUACUCCUGUAUCUUAUUUACAUUCAACUCCAAUAUUAAGUCGUCUUAGAGUUAGACCCAACAAUCAUAUUGCUGAUACAGCGUCAUCGUCUUCCACAUCAUCAUCUCAACCUCGUCUCAUUGCUACAACAUCGAAGAAUAAACAAAUAGCUAUGAUGAAGAAGCGUGGACAUUCAUCGAAGUAUGAAUGA